AUGCUGUCAAUGCAUCCUUUGCUUCCAUGGAUUGCGAAUGGAUGGCUCUUUGUGCUCGUACUGGGCAUAGAGGGUUUCUAUGUAGCGGUUCGAGAUAGUAUUGAAGAUCUUUCAGAACCCAAGGUCUUUUUUACUCAGAAGGCUGAAAAGUUCGCGAAGGAUAUCCUCAAUGUGGAGCCACGUCAUCUAGGCUUGAAACUCAAGUCUUUCAUUGAGCCUCAAGAAGCGUCACUUAUUUGCGGCUGGUACCGCACCGGAGACGUCGGCAUCAUCGAGAAUGGGAUCAUGCGCCUCAGCGGUCGCAUCAAGGACACCGUCAUCGUCCACGGUGUCUCGUACGGCAUCCCUGAGCUCGAGACUCACCUCCAGACCGUAGAAGGAGUGACUCACUCGUUCCUCGGUGCAGCUCUGUACCGUGCUCCUGGUCAGGAGACUGAAGGGUUCAUCAUUUUCUACUCGCCAACCUUCGACCUCGAUGGAGUAGACGCUUCGUCAAAGCUGUUCGCCACUCACCGGGCCCUUCGGGACAUCUGCUUGAAAAUGAUCACGCUGCCGCCUCAGUUCGUCGUUCCCAUCCCUGUGAACCAGAUGGAGAAGACUACCUCGCAAGGCCAGCUCGAAGCACAUCGCUCGCUCGGAGGAGCUUCUGAGCGAGGCACGUGGCGCUACGUUCGUCGCGCCGUCCACGGAGACGGAGAAGGCGCUUUCCAAGAUAUAUGCUGGGAUCUUCAACCUCGCGGAAAGCGAGAUGUAGCGACAACUUCUUCGAACUCGGCGGUACCUCCAUUGAUGUCAUCAGGUCAGUAUAGACUUCCCGCCCUAAAACGGCUCUCACUAAUGCAUAUCAUCUUCAGACUUAAGCGCGAGGGAGAGGCACAUUUCGACCUUCCUGAGAUCCCCACCAUCCAGGUCCUUAAGCACCCCGUGAUCUCGAGCCUCGCCAACUAUGUCGACUCCCUGCUCUCCAAGGACAGUCAGACUGAAGAGUACGACCCUAUCGUUCCCCUUCAGCUGACCGGAAACAAAACUCCGAUCUUCUUCGUUCACCCCGGUGUCGGAGAGGUCCUGAUUUUCGUCAACCUCGCGAAAUACUUCCAGAACGAGCGUCCGUUCUACGCUCUCCGUGCUCGUGGCUUCGAGCCCGGCCACCCCUUCUUCACCUCUAUGGACGAGAUGGUGUCGUGCUACGCCGCAGCAGUCAAGAGGACCCAGGCGACUGGGCCAUACGCCAUCGCGGGCUACAGUUACGGCGGUGUCGUCGCGUUCGAGGUUGCCAAGCGACUCGAGGCGAUGGACGAGGAAGUCAAAUUUGUUGGUCUGAUCAACAUCCCUCCUCAUAUCGCGGACCGCAUGCACGAGAUCGACUGGACGGGCGGCAUGCUCAACUUGUCGCCGAUGACGAGGAAGGAGCAGCUCGAGGUUGUGUGGAAGCUGUCUCCUCCUGACCGUCUCGUCGAGCUCCAGCUGACUCCUGAGAAGCUGGACCACUGGGUGGACAUCGCCGGGUCCCUGAUCGAGUGCGGGAAGGACUACAACCCAUCAGGCUCAGUUUCUGCUACGGACGUUUUCUACGCCAUUCCUCUGCGCGGCAGCAAGUCAGACUGGCUCAACAACCAGCUCAAGUCAUGGUCUGGGUUCAGUCGUGGCGAGCCAUCAUAAGCGGACGUGCCAGGGCAACACUACAC